AUGAGCAUCGAAGCGACUUUUCGAGGUUAUAUUGAAACGACACAAGAUACUUUACUCAUAUUCGAAGCUUGUCGACGAGGUGUACUUCCAAGGAUAUGCCGACGUCUUCAGGAAAAAGAACGAAAAAUCGUAACUUCAGGAAGUGUAUUCGUUUUUGAUGAACGCGAAUCCGGAAUAAAACGUUGGACUGACGGUUUAGUAUGGAGUCCUUCACGAAUCCUCGGAAAUUUUCUUAUCUAUCGUGAACUUGAUAAAAGAGCCCCGACAGGUAAAAAAGACUCGAGUCCGGUAGAACGUCAAAGAAGCAAUAGUACCGAUAUGGAAUCUCAGACAGAAAAGAAUAAAGAACGCGCUUUGGUUGGAAGUUUGACAAACUCUUAUCGAUUCAAGAAGGGUGGCUUGAUCAAAAAAACAAUGUCAAUUAUGGUUAAUGGCGUCAGCCAACAUAUGAUCAGUUAUUAUACAAAAGAAGAUGUCCUGGCCUGUAAACUCAAGACUCCUUCCUCCAUACCAAACUUGGCCAUUCUAGAGAUCUCUCCCGAAUUCUUAUUAAAGCAAAACUUUAGGAUACCGCCCGUGAUAGAGUCGACUUACGAACAAGGUGAACAAAGCUCACCAAGUACGGUUGUUUCAACUGUGACAGCUCCCAUAAAUAUGCACGUAGGUUCAUCACUGACGAUGAACUUUCCUUCCCCUGAUCAUUCCAUCUUCAUUGCAGAAUUGGAAGGGAUGACUUAUGGUUCAAAACAAUCCUCGGUAUCCUCUCCACAUGCUAUCCUACCUAAACCCGGUACUGUAAGCCCAUCACGAUUAACAAAUAUGGACUAUCCUCAUACCUCUCGCAUAAAGGUUGAAAUGGAUCAUUCGAAUCAAUCCGGUGUUGACUUGUAUCGUUCUUCAACCUAUUCGACUGGUCCGGCUACCUCAUCCGGUUAUCCUUCAACUAUGCAUCCUUCCACUUCUCAUUAUACACCUUACGGUCAUCCUGUCGCAAAUGGCCCUGAUGGAUCCCAUACAUUACCGAUGCCAUCUCUGAGACCUUUUGUGAAUCGUCAACCUUCUUAUGAAUUUCCUCCCCUUACACCUCACGUUAAUACUUCGGUUCCACCAAGAUUGUUAGCUUCCUCGCAACCCUUAAUACCAAGUAUAGGUUCUAAUCAAAACGAAUAUAAUAAUUAUUAUCAUUCGCCUCCAAAUAGCGGGAAUUCUCAACCUAAUGGUAGCUGGUCUGACUAUCAAUUUUCUUCGUAUUCAUCGUCAAAUUCAAAUCAUUCGCAUGGAAAUGGAAGUCAAUCCACCACGGGAAAUUUGACUUCAAUCAAUCAUCAAGCGCAGUCGAAUAAUAACCCUCACGCAGAAACAGGUAGCGAAGUGUUUUAUGCUACUGCCACUGCCACCGGUAAUGAUUCUGCCACCCAUCCUAUCAACACGCUUAGCCACGUGCCUUUAUAUACAACUCCAUAUCAUGAUUUAUCACCUUCCCUCCCCGAAUUAUACAAUUCUUCUGCCCACUCACCUACAACCAACUCCGCACACUCUCAAUCAAAUCAGCAUGAACAUCUAGCGACUUCUCCAUCUCCCACACUUCCCGCUAUUGCUUCGCCUACCAGUACCGCAAGUACAAGUAACAAUAACGCGCCUGUAACGCCUCCUCUUAGUUCUCCUAAUACCAGUAACAACGCUACAAUCGUCAGUCACGGCAAUGGUGGUACGGGUCUUUAUAAUUCAAAUUAUUCAUCGUAUUAUUCCUCGUGGAUAAAGUCUGAAGCGUAUCCCACAGUUUCAAUGCCCUCUAGUUCAUUCGUGUACGAUCCUUAUCUAGUAAGGCCUGUGGAUACAUGGGGAGGGAAUUGA